CUAUACGAUAUAAUAUGCUAUACUCUUAAUAGUUUGUCAAUUUUUUUUUUGCUAAAAGUUUAAUAAGUAGUUAAAAAAUAGGAAGAAAAGUGUACUCCAGUGUAUUUUCAAGUUGAAUAUUGUAAAAGUUGAAGAACGAUCAUUUAUCUAGUAGCCGAAUAAUUACGUUUGGUUGUAUACGAUGGCAGCAAGCUAAGGUUGGAAUAAACCAUACAACCGCCAUUUUAAGAUUCUCAAUUGGUACAUGCACAACACAGAAUUGUGUUGCUUGAUAAAUUACCAGUGGAUAUUUUUUUUUGUUGGUUGCAUUAAAAAUGUCUUUAAGCAAAACAGUGGGCAGUCUUAAUAAAGGCAAUGCAAAAGAAAAAUCUACAUCUAAAGAAUCGAAUAACUUAGUUGUUCGUAUAGAUCAAGAUUCCGAUAAUAAUUUACAAGCAUUAUUUGACAGCGUAUUAAAUCCGACAGAGUCAAAAUGUCCACUUCAAGUGCCUUUCCGAAUGCGUCAACUCCCUGAGUCCUUCUUUAAACCACCUGCAACUGCAUCUCGAUCGCCUUCCGUUGCACAUUCACGAGCAAAUAGUGCUGAUUCUGCUUAUGACACUGGCUCACAACCAAAUGUUAGCCAAGGGAAUAUAUCAACAAGCUCUGUUGCCGCAGUUCCUGCGACAAUAACGCAACCCCAAGUUACAGCGAAUAGGCUCUCAAUUUCACAUUCGCGUGCGCAUAGUAGCCCAGCUUCGCUUCAACAAACAUAUAAUGUACAUAUAGGAAAUGUAAUGGAAACGAGUGCAUGCAUUCAAGAUGGAAUAGGGCCUGUUUUUACUACAGGAACCGUCCCAUUUCCUCCUAGCGUUAAUGCUGGUGCAGCAGUCCGCAUGGAGCAAGGAGAGCAGCCAGUGCCUAAGGAUGCCCCAAAUAUUCAGACAUUUCAUAUGAAACAAAGAUCUUAUGAUGUUGUGAGUACUAUACAAUUACAAAACGAACUAGGACCAUUGCCUCCGGGAUGGGAACAAGCGAAGACUAAUGAUGGUCAAAUUUAUUAUUUAAACCAUACUACAAAAUCAACGCAAUGGGAAGAUCCGAGAAUUCAGUUGAAACAGCAGAUAUUUCAAGACGGUCUUUCUCAUAAUGUAAAUUUAAAGGGCAAAGAAUCUGUUAAUUUGGCCGAUAACUUGGGUCCUCUACCAGAGGGAUGGGAACAAGCUUACACAGAAUCUGGAGAUGUUUAUUUUAUUAACCACGUAAAUCGAACAACAUCCUGGAAUGAUCCCCGAAUACCCGAUUUUUUGCAAAAACCGGUGAAAUCGCAAAAGCCCGGUCCUUCUUGGCUGAACAUUCAACAUAUCGAAAAGGAGCAGGAUUAUUUUAAACCAAGUUCUGAACAGAGUUCUUUGACUAGACAAAAUGGCAGUCUUCAAAUGGACCCAUUUUUAUCCGGUGACAAUCAUGCUCGGCAGGAAUCAAGUGAUAGCGGUUUGAGUUUAUCCUCAAAUACGUUUUCUACCACAGCGGAUUUAAUGCCGAAUAUUGAUGACAGUAUGGAUUGUAUAAGUGAAUCAGGUAGCCUAAAUGCCUUAAGUGGCAUAGAUUGCCCGGAUAAUCUUGUAUCUUCACUACAGCUUGAAGAUAAUAUUUGCAAUGAAAUGUUCAGUGAUGUUCACAGCAUGUUGAAUGCAUCUGCAACGAAGCCUGAUACUUUGGACUGGUAUAAGAUAAAUUAAAAUUUAGAAGAGCCUGAAAUAUAUAUUUAUAACAAAGUAUCGAACGUUUCGUCCUUUUGGAUUAUACAAGUUUUAUCCACAUAAUUUCAGCGGUAAUCAACUGAUGUUAAAUUUUAAGAAUAGUUGGAAAAUAAAUAUAUCUUUAUAACAAAACUUGAAAUGAA